AUGAGCGGGGCGGACGGUGCGCCACCACCCAACGGUCGCGUCCGCCCACGUCUUCAGGUGCUGGCCGCCCCCGCCCCGCCCCUGUGCACACCUCACUGCACUGCCUGGGAGACACGUCUGGCAAGCCCCAAUAUUGCCGCUGGUCUCUGCCCCGCGCGUAAGGUUGGCGUCACAGGGAGCUCCCUGACCCCGCCGCGACGCGUCUGGCCGCCCACAGCUUCUCGUGCACGCGCGUUAAGUGCUUCUGAACUUUCUCUCCCUCCCGCACACUGCACGCACGCACCUGCACAAACACCACAGACACAUCUCGGCUCAUUGCCCAGCAACUCCUUCUCUCGUCAAUCUCUGCGCGGUCACCUUCCUCCCGCCGUCACACAUCUCCGCAAGAGACUGUCCCCUCUCUGUCUCUCGCACAGUCACCGCCCUUUCCCCUCACGCACCUCUUCUCUCCCCAAGGUUCGUGAUGCCCUCCUUGCGUGGCCCACGGACACAGACGCAAACAUGUUGGAGGCACGGCUCGAGCAGGUGGUCGACGCCAUCAAGGACCUCGUCCAGGACUGCAACUUUGACUGCAAUGACUCGGGCAUCGCGCUGCAGGCCAUGGACAACUCGCACGUGGCGCUCGUGUCCAUGAUGCUCAAGGCCGAGGGCUUCUCGCCCUACCGAUGCGACCGCAACAUCGCCCUGGGCGUGAACCUGACGUCGCUGACCAAGGUGCUGCGGGCGGCCCAGAACGAGGACAUCCUGACCCUCAAGGCCGAAGACGCGCCCGACGUCCUCAACCUCGUCUUUGAGAGCAGCGAGAACGACCGCAUCAGCGAGUACGACCUCAAGCUCAUGGACAUUGACCAGGAGCACCUCGGCAUCCCCCAGACCGAGUACGCGGCCACCAUUGCCAUGCCCGCGUCUGAGUUUCGGAGAAUCUGCACCGAUCUGGCCGCCAUGUCCGAGUCGGGUGCGUCCAAGGACGGCGUCAAGUUCUCGUGCAACGGCGACAUCGGCAACGGCUCGGUGACGCUGCGCAGCCACACCAACGUCGAGAAGCCCGAGCUCAACGUCGACAUUGAGCUGACGGAGCCCGUGACGCUCACCUUUUCGCUCAAGUACCUGGUCAACUUUUGCAAGGCGGCGGCCCUGUCCAACCAGGUCAAGAUCUGCCUGUCGAGCGAGGUGCCGCUGCUGGUUGAGUACAACCUGUCGGGCAGCAGCUACCUCCGCUUCUACCUGGCCCCCAAGGUGAGUGACGACGGGCACUAUUGGCGACGAGGACUAAACGCGAUUUCACACGGCUUGUCGAGAUUGUAUACGGGGGACGAGCGUCACGGCGUUUGGGGUAGUUGGCAGUGCUACCUGAGGAUCACGCGAGGACUGAGGGAUGGAUGGGGUCGACGCAGCACAGGGACAUGGACGAGGCGACCAUGUACGCACGCAUCCGUGGAUGAAUCGGGGAGACGAGGCCCUCGACUUUGUUUGUAG